AUGGGCCACCUGAUGCCAGUCCUCCGGCUCGCCACAAUGCUGGCAAAGCGAAACUGCAUUGUCACGGUCAUCACCACUCACCCCACUGUGUCCAACGCUGAAUCGGACCAAAUAUCCUUGUUCUUUCGCCACAAUCCUGAAAUAAAUCAUCUUAUACUCCAGCUCAAUCCUAGCUCCCAACAAGAAGAUUCGACCCUUGCCGACCCUUUCUUUCUCCAAUUUGAUCUCAUCAAUCAGUCAAUCCAUCUCCUCCGUCCUCUGUUGUCUUCGUCAUCUCCACCUUUUUCGGCUAUGUUUGUGGACUUCUUUUUAGUUGCUAAGACUGCUCCAAUUGCCAAGGAACUCCACCUCCCUAUUUAUGUUGUUUCCACCACCUCAGUCGAGGCCACCUCGCUCAUGGCAUACUUUCCAGUUCUUACGUCGAAUCGGACUGAGUUCAACAAUGCUUCCACAAUCAAGAUUCCAGGAUUGCCACCAAUGGCCAUGUCGAGCCUCCCACAAGCACUCCUCGAUCCCGGCAAUAUUUUUACUUCGAUGACUAUUAUGAACUCUCAGGCUCUAUCCAAGGCUGAUGGAAUCUUGACAAACACCUUUGAGUAUGUCCAAGCAUCGACACUUGGCACUCUCAACAAAGCCAGGGUGACAGCAAGCUUGCCGCCAAUUCUGCCCGUAGGGCCACUAGAACCGUAUCAUAUUCCGCAGGACAGGGACAACCGAUACCGGUCAUGGCUAGAGAACCAGCCGUCCCAAUCCGUAGUGUACAUAAGCUUCGGGAGCAGAACAGCAAUAUCCCAGGAUCAGGUGCAAGAACUGGAAAGAGGGUUGGAGAAGGCCGGGCGUAGAUUCUGCUGGAACCUGAAAACCAGCAUAGUAGACAAGGACGACCAGGAGGAUGUGAAAGACAUCCUGAGCAAUUUAUUCUUGGAGAGAACCAAGAACAAGGGAAUGAUCAUAAGAGGGUGGACGGACCAGCAGGAGAUACUGGAUCAUCCAGCCAUUGGAGGGUUCGUGAGCCACUGCGGGUGGAACUCGGUGAUGGAAGCGGCCUGGCAGGGCGUGCCAAUGCUUGCAUGGCCGCAAAACGGGGACCAGAGGCUGAAUGCAAAGGUCGUGGAGGACGCCGGAUUGGGGCUGUGGGAGAGGAACUGGGAUUGGGGUGUCGGUGGGGUUGUGAAAGGGGAUGAAAUUGAGAGGAAGAUUGUGGAGUUGAUGACAGAUGAAAAGCUGAGAGAGAGAGCCAAGAAGGUGAGAGAAGAGGCCAGGAAGGCUGUUGGGAGUGGUGGGAGCUCUAACAGGGUGAUUAAGGAUCCUCCUUCAUCCCUGGCUUGCAACACUGAGGAGAUCCCUGACUCUACGAGGCGGUUGCUUGGUCACCGAUUCUUGCUGCUGACCACGGGGCUCGCCAUUCCCGCUCAAGCCCCGUCAUCCUCCGACGUGCCGCAGCUAGCCUGA